AUGAUCUCUCACUUGAAGAAUAACAAGAUGUCAGAUGAUAAGUGUCUUAUAAGAGUAGUAGAAGAGAUGCUUCUGAACUUCAAGCUGAGAAAAUUGAAAAAUGAUGUUAUACUUUACUGUGAUCUAGAAUAUGUGAAAGCUUUCUAUCUAGAAUCUUCAUUUAGAUAUGACUUGAUGACUUGCAUGCACAAGGAAUUCAGUCACUUAGAAAGCCCUGAACUCAUGAAUGUACUUGAAUCAAGAGCAUACUGGCCAAGCAUGAUUGAGAAUAUUCAGGUGUACACUCAUGAGUGCCAGAAUUGUCAGAUUGUGAAAGAAUCUAAGAAAGAGUUAGAAUGUAAGAAAGUAUAA